AUGACGACCUUCGCACACUAUCCCCUCACCAUCUCGGUACUCAACACUGUCAAGCACAACCUCUGGUUUAGCGUCAACCUCUGCACAGAUAACUUUCAAUUGCCAAUACGACGUGAACCACCCGUCUGGCAGCCCGACGAAGGGGCGUAUGUUGUGAGACUAACUCUAGCUGAGGGACACCCUCGAACAGAGGACGGUAUUGAAAUCUUCUGGAAAGGCAAGCGCGAUUACUCCCAUGGCGACUUCUGGAUCUCCACCCGGAAUGUCCGGUCAUACGCGAAAAGGGGCGGGGCUCGUCUUGACAAUCCCGGCCAACGAUGCCGGCGACUUACCCUCGAGGAUAAAGAUCAACUGACGGUGGUGUUGGACCCACACAGCUAUAAUUGGGCGAUGAACCUUACUUUCGAGAUCAAACGUAUGCGCCCGUCAGACGAUAUGCCCUCCGGGCCUUGUCCAGACGCACAAGCCCUUUCCGAAACCUUCGGUGGGAACGCGAGUGCGUACCGCGAGAUGAUCCAGUAUCGGGGCCUACAUCUACCUCAGGCGAAUUGA